AUGGAGUGGUUAACGAGCGCUGAGGGUCUGAAUGCCCGUCAGGAGCUGGAGGCGUCCGUUCGUGAGCACCACCCUCACUUGUGUGAUGAGGAGGUCGACCUCAUUGUGGAUGGUCGUCUACUACGCAUGGUUCGGGAGCGCGCGGCGGGGCAAGCACCUACGAGCAGCCAACAAGGAGGAACUGGUGAAGGAGGAGCUGUGCAUGAGGCUCCUAGAGCUGUGGGCAUUGGUGGAGGAGCUCUUGCACCAACCAUUGACACGGGAAUGAUCGGCACGAGCUAUGGCCAAUUCAAGUUUGGAGUUGAGCACAUCUCAGUGACGCCGCUGCUGGAGGGAAGGCACGACCUUACCGCGAAGGGAGACGAUGAGACAGCAGAAUCCUACUGCAAUAGGGCCCGCACCAUCCGAGCGGAGCUGCUGACCAUUGGACAGGAGGUCCACAUGGCCACGUUUGCUGCCCACGUGCUGAAGGGCCUACCACCGGAGUACGGAUUUCUUCGCCGCAAGCUCGAAAUUUCCAGCCCUGACAUGACGGUGGAACGCGUGUGCAGCGAGGUGUUGAUGGAGGAGCAGACUCUCUCCAUCGAACAGAGUUACAAGCAGAUCACCAGCGAUGCAUCUGCUUUCUUGGGCGCUGUCAACACCAUCGUGGCUACAACGGGGGUCAACGAGAAGGAAGGAAAAAGGGGGAGGGAGCAGACGGAUGGCAAGCGGGAGAAGAAGCGAGCCCCCUUCAAGGGGCGCUCCUACAACUGCAAUGAGGAGGGGCACAUGGCUGCCAAGUGCACCAACAAGAAGAAAGAUACAACGCUCGCGGCAGCCGCGAACGUAGCUGAAGGAGACGGGAAGGGCGUGGCGCUCACCGUCGCGUGUUCGGCUGCAAAGUUGCUGGCCGACGACAAGGACUUGUGGUUCCUUGACUCAGGAUGCUCCCAACACAUGACUGGCCGCAAGGAGUGGUUCACGGUGAUCCGUGACCCAUCUGCAACGAAAUCAGUCAAAGGGUUUGAUGGUUCUAUGCAGGAAGUUGCCGUUGUUGGUGAGGUUUUGCUGGAGGGCACUAACGGCUUGCGUGUGACCCUAUAUGAUGUCCUCUUUGUGCCAGGAAUGAAGGCCAACUUGGUCUCCCCUGGGCAACUCUUGGACAAGGGAGCAAAGCUACAAACCGAGGAAGGUGUCACUCGCAUCAUCGCAUCAGGAGGUCAAGUGGCUGCAACGGCACGAUACCGCCAUCGCCUUCACUGCCUUGACCUUAAACCGGGGCCAGCAAGGAACGGUGCAACGGCAGCAGUGGCAUGCAACGGCAUGGCGGCUGCAGCGGCAUGCACCGAUAUGGCGGGUGGAGCGGCGAGCAACGGCACAGGGGCUGCAUCGGCGUGCAAUGGCACGGCGGCUGCAACGGCAAGCAACGGCACGGCAAAGGAGAUUGCUGAUGUGGUGUCAAGCAAGCCGGAAGCUAAAUAUGGAGCGGCCAGCCUCAAGACGUACGCGGUGGGCUCCAAGGCAACGCCCAACCUGUGGCACGCUCGCCUUGGACACGUCCACUUCGAUGCGGUGAAGCGGACAGCCACGAGCGGUGGCAUGUUCGGUAUGGAUCUGGAGAAAGGAGGUGAGGAUAUGCCGUGCACCUCCUGCCAUGAAGCCAAACUCACUCGUGAAUCAUUUCCGCUGCACGACAAGCAAGAGGAGCAGAAUCUGCCGCCACCACGUACCGUCAUCGUGGUCCCGGUACCGUCUGUACAAGGGGGCGAGAAACCCCUUGAAUGCUCGGUGGGCCCUUUGGGCACCAAGGCACCUACUGCACCUCCUCCUCCUGGUCCACCCUCUGUUGCUGAUUCGACGCCUGUAGGACCAGAGGAUGGUCCUCUGGAGGUUGACACCAGCAUGGCUGAUCACGAGGAGGAGGAAGAAGAAGAAGCAGUGGAUGAGCAGUCACCUAUGGCCCAUGAGCAUGAGCCUUCACCUGCAGUUCCCCCCUUCCAGCCCAUUCCACCACCCCCACGUCACUCCAGCAGGCCUAACAAGGGGGUGCCACCCGUACGGUUUCAGCCAUCAGCCAUGACGGCCCUAGAUGCGGAUGAUGAGGACAACCCGUACGACGUGGCAUACCUUGCUGAGGACGAGUGCGACACGGACAGCGAUGACGAAGUGGAAUACCCAGACGAGGAUGAGGAGGAGGAAGGCGCUUGGGGAGGUGUCAUCCUCGACCUGGCAGCUGCGUUGACCAGACCUGAAGCGGCAAGUGAAGACCAGCAGCUUCUGCAGGACCUGAAGGGGCUGCUGGCCAAGGCGUUUCAGCUCCGUGAGGUGGAGCCAGUGGAGCGCUACCUGGGACUGCAGAUUGAGCAAGAUCGCCCCAACAGGACACUCUUCCUGCACCAGAAUGCGUACGUGGCGAAGGUGCAGCAGCGUUUCUUCAAGGGGGCGCCACCAAAGAAGCAGCCUAUCACUCCUCUCUCCUCUGCCAUCUUUGCCAAGCAGGAUGCCGGCCAGUUUGCCAAUCGUACCAUGACCGAGUACUUGUCAAUUCUCGGCAUGGUGCAGUUUGCAGCCAUCUCAACCCGUCCUGACCUCUCUUUUGCAUGCAGUCGCCUUGCAGCAGGUGCACACGUCAGGACCGAUGCGCAUUGGCAUGAGCUCUUCCGCACACUCUCCUACAAGGUGGCUGUGGGAGUUUCAACUGCUCAAGAAGGGUGUCCCCACCACCCUGACAGUUUCUGCUAA